AGGCUUUUGCAGGCGAAAUCUCCACACCCAGAAAUUCUCGAACACGUCCAAUGGCGAUCGGAAUUACAUGCCGGGUGAUUUCUCCGUCGCCGGCGCACAGUGUUUACUCCUCGGGGCUUCCUUCGAAGACCGAGCAAAUGAUUCCAACGCGCUCAAUCGCUUUCUGCUCCUCUCAAUGGACUUCUCGUCAAUGUCAUUGCUUCAUAGCUAAAUUCCAGCCACCGCCGGAGACCAAACCAUCUUCUCUACCAGCUAGAUGCUCUGUCGUUUCUGCUGAGCAAUCUGUAGUCACUUCGAAUGUCCAGGAAACAUCCACUGCUCCUCUCGUUGCCGAUGACAAGAUCGGCGUGUUGCUGCUCAACCUCGGCGGUCCUGAAACUCUCGAGGACGUUCAACCUUUUCUGUUUAACCUAUUUUCCGAUCCGGAUAUAAUUCGAUUGCCGAGGCUGUUUCAGUUCCUGCAAAAGCCAUUGGCUCAAUUCAUAUCUGUUGUUAGAGCUCCAAAGAGCAAAGAAGGGUAUGCAUCCAUUGGUGGCGGAUCUCCUCUUCGAAGGAUAACUGAUGACCAGGCUGAAGCAUUGAAGAAAGCACUUUGGGAGAAGGAAGUUCCAGCAAAUGUCUACGUUGGUAUGCGCUACUGGCACCCAUUCACCGAGGAGGCAAUUGAGCAGAUAAAAAGAGAUGAGAUCACAAAACUUGUUGUGCUCCCUCUUUACCCCCAGUUCUCCAUAUCCACCAGCGGUUCAAGCCUUCGACUAUUGGAAAGUAUAUUUCGGGAGGAUGAGUAUCUAGUCAACAUGCAGCACACGGUAAUUCCUUCCUGGUAUCAGCGUAAGGGGUACAUUAAAGCAAUGGCAGAUUUAAUUCAAAAGGAGUUGGAAAUUUUUGAAUGCCCACAGGAGGUGAUGAUCUUUUUCAGUGCUCAUGGGGUACCAGUUGCCUAUGUUGAGGAAGCAGGUGAUCCGUACAAGGCUGAGAUGGAAGAGUGUGUAGACUUGAUAAUGGAAGAAUUGGAAAAGAGAAAAGUAAAUAAUGCAUAUACCCUUGCAUAUCAGAGUAGGGUUGGCCCUGUUGAGUGGCUGAAACCAUAUACAGAUGCCACGAUCAUUGAGCUUGGCCAAAGAGGGGUGAAAAGUCUUCUUGCUGUCCCUAUAAGUUUUGUCAGUGAACAUAUUGAGACGUUAGAGGAAAUUGAUGUUGAGUACAAGCAGUUAGCUCUGGAGUCUGGUAUACAAAAUUGGGGACGUGUCCCUGCACUAGGCUGUGAGCCCAACUUUAUUUCAGAUUUGGCAGAUGCUGUAAUUGGAAGCCUUCCAUAUGUGGGAGCAAUGGCAGUCACAAAUCUUGAAGCUCGGCAGUCCUUAGUUCCUCUUGGUAGUGUGGAAGAGCUAUUGGCAGCAUACGACUCACAACGUAGGGAACUGCCACCACCUGUGGUAGUCUGGCAGUGGGGCUGGACUAAAAGUGCAGAAACAUGGAAUGGAAGAGCAGCUAUGUUGGCAGUGCUUCUUUUGCUCCUAGAAGUGAUCACUGGGGAGGGCUUCCUCCACCAAUUGGGUAUCCUUCCUCUUUCUCAUUGACCAUCCCGACCUUCGAAAAAAGAAGUCUUUUACUAUCCCAUCACCAUGGCUCUCCCUCCCCUACACAUGCAAAAACCAUUUGAUGGAAGUUGCUGUAUUUUUGAGGUUUAGAAUGAAAGCUUCAAGAUUUUGGAACAAAUAUACAGAAAGGCGGGAUGAACCACCAUGCCUUGUGACCAAGUGAAGGGCAAUGAAGCUGCCUCCUCUAUCUAUACAGGUUUUUAGACCGGGCCAAAUAUAUAAAUGUAGAUACAACUACUUAAAACAUGCAGUUUUAAGAACUGGUCCUCUUUUGCUUGCUUUGAAAUGUCUUUCAUGAAAAAGAUUACACGAUAUUGUGUACAUAAAGUGCACGGUUUAUGCACGAUUGUGCCAGCAUAUGAUGGAUGUAGUAUUUGCUCUUGUGUGGAAAGAAAAAAAGAAGAUUAUGCAGACUUGUUCUAUACACGAGCUGCCACGUGUGCUAGUACCGUAGUCUCCCAGAUGGUUGGUACUAAAAUAUUUUUUGCUUAAGAUGGCCAUCAUACAUAUAUACUCUCUAAUCUAUAUAUUUAGAGCAUAUAUAUCAGAGAAAUUGAAGUUCUAGAGAAGGAUCAAUUGGCUUGGGCGAUGUGAAAUUC